AUGUAUCCGUAUUCAUUCUCCACUCCUUUAUAAACCUUUGUGAAGUUAUAAUGAAGCAAGCUCUUUUUAUUUAAUAUUAUCCAUCAUCUCUCUUUGUUUUUAUGGCAGAUCCAACCCCUCUUCUCUGCCAAUCCAAUACCUCUUCUGACACAGAACCACCGCCAUCAUCCCCGAACAAACAACACCUUCCUUCUCUUGGCUCCACAAUAGAAAAGGUCAUAGGCGACUUCAACUGGACACAAUUCCUCCAAGCUCUUCUCGUUUCCUCCGCUUGGGUCUUCGAUGCUCAACAAACCUUCAUCACCGUCUUCACCGACGCACACCCGCCGUGGCACUGCACCCAACAACAAGAUGCUGGUGCUGCCGAAUCCUGCAGCACCAGCAACAACAUGUGCACCCUUGAGAAGACCUCGUGGGCCUGGGAUAGACCCACGAGUUCCUCCAUCAUAUCUGAAUGGGGUUUGGAGUGCGCGAGCCCCGUGAUGACGGGGCUCCCAGCCUCACUCUUCUUCAUGGGCUGCCUAGUGGGUGGGCUCGUUCUUGCCACGCUGGCCGACACCUCGCUCGGCCGCAAGAACAUGCUCUUCUUCUCAUGCCUCAUGAUGUCUCUCUCUUCUCUUCUCGCCUCGUUCUCUUCCAACAUUUGGAUAUACUCCUCCCUCAAAUUCUUAUCCGGGUUCGGCCGUGCCACCAUCGGAACCUCAUCGCUUGUCCUAGCCUCUGAGCUCGUCGGGAAAAAACGACGAGCUCAAAUAAGCGUUUGCGGGUUCUUCCUUUUCACCAUAGGCUUCUUGUCCCUCCCAGCUAUGGCUUACAUAAACAGAAACUCUUCAUGGAGAAACCUUUACUUGUGGACAUCAAUUCCCACCAUUUUGUAUUGCAUAUUGGUGAAGUUGUUCGUUCAAGAAUCCCCAAGGUGGCUUCUUGUGAGAGGAAAGAAAGAAGAAGCUUUAGCUUCAUUGAAAAUCAUCACCUCAAUCACUCAAAGCAAUCUUAACUUAGCCAUCAAUAGCAUUUUCCCCCAACAAGAAGAAGAGAACCUGAACGUGGACUUAUUCUCAGCGCUUAACAUUUUGUUGCGGAAAAAAUGGUCUUGUACAAGGUUACUGGCGGUUAUGUCCAUGGGUUUUGGAAUUGGAUUGGUGUACUACGGCAUGCCGCUUGGUCUUGGGAACUUGUCCUUCAACCUUUACUUGAGCGUCACGUUUAACGCGGUGUCGGAGCUACCAUCUUCCAUGGUUGUGUUCUUCAUGAUUGACAAGUUGAGAAGGAGAAUCGCGCUUCUAGCGUUCACUGUCAUUAGUGGCGUUUUCAGUGUGAUGUCGGUGAUGGAAUUUUUAUCAAGUGAGGUUCAGAUUGGGUUUGAGUUGAUAUCGUUUUUCAGUGCUUGUACUUCGUUUAAUAUCUACCUCAUAUACACCACGGAGUUGUUUCCAACUUGUGUGAGGAACUCAGCGCUGUCCAUGGCGAGGCUCGCGGUGGUGUUUGGCGGCGUGUUUAGUCCUUUGUUGGUGGGUACCGGUGGUGGUGGAGGAAGUGGAGUGGUUUGUUAUGGGGUUUUUGGGUUGGCAAUUGGGUGUAGUGGGGUGUUUGGAGUUUUCUUGCCGGAGACUAGAGGGAGAGCGAUGAGUGAUACCAUGGAUGAAGAAGAAAACAAAUAUAAAUCUGCUUCUGAUUUUAAUGUAUUGGCUUAACCUCUUAAUAAUUCCCAUCUGGGUUUAGUUAUAAAUCUGAUGAUGUUCACGAACAUGUUCAUAAUUGUCUGUGAAACCUUCGUUGUGUAAAAAGCUAGUUCGAAGGUUUUGAUAUGAUGUGUUUGGGUAAACAACCUAAUAAGUAUAUAAUGUCAAUAAACACUUAUUAGAGCUCA